AUGUGGGUGAACACUGUACAGUGUCUCUCUGUCUUUGUUUCCAGCCCUGAUUAUCUGAGAUCAGCUGACAUGACUGAGGUGAUGAGUGCUCCAACUAUGGAUGAGAUUGGUUUAAGCCCCCGCAAGGAUGGCCUAUCCUAUCAGAUUUUCCCUGACCCUUCAGAUUUUGAUCGUUAUUGUAAGCUGAAGGACCGUCUUCCUUCCAUUGUGGUGGAGCCAACAGAAGGAGAUGUAGAGAGUGGAGAAUUAAGAUGGCCACCUGAAGAGUUCCUGGUUCAGGAAGAAGAGGAACAGAAUUGUGAUGAAGCAAAGAAAGAGAGCAAGGAGCAGUAAAAGCACCGAAGAUCUUCUGUUCUACUCAAGAUGUUAGGUCAUCUUGAGGAGGAGAGAACAGCUUUCUGAAGGGUCUUUUCUACAAAAGACAUUCAAUUUUGCACCUGCAAGAUCUUAGUUUUUUUCAUAUUCUCUAUUGAGAACUGAAGCGCUUGAUGUGACAAUCUCCAGCUAAAACUAAGAAAGUUUGGGCAGGCAAAGCAAGCCAAAAAUGAUUGCCCUUCUCAAGAUCAUUGUUGAAUUCUGUGGUGGUUGCCUGGGGCAGCCAGGAAAUUAGAGGGCGCUUUGGUGGAGGAAUAGGCCAGCAGGAAGCAUGCUUCUUCUGAAGUGUGUGGUAUUAGAAGAAAUAACUGCAAAUAUAAAUGCAGCUAAGUUCUGUAAGGGACUGCCUCUGGCUACAAAUGCAUGAGAAUAGUGUUCAUCUCUCAAAAUCUUGCCUUCUCAUAGUGUUUUUUCUGGUUUUAUGUGCGCAUGUGUUUGGAGGCUGGAAGACAAGCCGCUGAAAUGCUCCUAUGACAUUACCAAGUUAGGCAGUUUUCCUGCGGAACACCAUAGAGGAGCAAUGGGUCAAUAACUAGGUUGGCCUUGUACAGCCUAGCGUCUUAAAAAUCACACCAUCUUUGUCAGGCUGCAGGGUCUGGCACUGGCUUGCUCACCUGUUGCACAUAAACUAUAUUUUUAUGUCUGUUUUUUUCUUGGCACCUCUUUAAGCAUGCAUUUUAACAUCGCAGUGAAUAGCUUUGUAUGGCCAUUGAGCUGUUGACUAUAGAAAUGGCCUUUACUACUUGUUCUGCAGUUAUUUUGUUUAGGCUGUAAAAGAUCACAUUUUAUUUUGUUUGGGAGGUGGGGUUGGAAGAAAUGCUUCUUCAGAAAAACUUCAGGAGAUUUUGAUAUGGAAAAUAAGUAAUAUUUUCUUUCUUGCUACUGAAGCUACUGUUUAACUCUCUCUGUUAUAAUGCAUCUGGUUGCUGUGAAAUGCAGCUUUUUCAUAAGUACUGAUUUAUAAUUUAGUCAUGUGUUUAAUGCUGGAUCAAAGCCUCAUGAUUAUAGUACAGGGCCAACAAGGAUGUUAAAUAGGAAGAGUUUAAGAGAAUCGGUAUCCCCUUUAAAAGCAGGAUGGUGAAAGCAGGACUUACCUUAAAAAAACAAAAGGUAUUACAGCAUCUCAGUAUUGUCGAGAAGAUAACCCUUUUUUUGAACCAAGGAUUUUUGAUUGACUUACCUUGUUCACAGAUUCUCAUUUGCCCAUUAUCAUCUCAUUCCUCAUGUCCCAUAUAUCUCUCUUCUGAGAAGGCAAACAAAUAGUUGGAUAAGCUAUAUUGACAGCCACAUUAAAAAAAAAAACAGUAUCUGACUUCUUGACAGGAAGUUCCACAAAGUUGAAAUUUCAAGUACGGCUUUCAGAUAUUAAAAGCCAAUGAUUCCAUAUUAACUGUGGAGAAACUAAAACUUCGUAAUGUAUAAACAUUAUAGCCUUAACAAGAUAGUCAAAAUAAUCCUUAGUUUUCCAUGAUCUUUUCCAUUCCUUUCCUAAUUUGUUGGAACUCUGUAUAUGUGCUAUAUAUAAAAGACACACGCUUACACACACAUACACUUAUUUUUGAUACCUCAUGAGUAGUGAAAUUGCUGGUAAUGGGUUAGAGUUGCUUGUUGAAAUCAGCAGGGUUACUUUUUUCAGUCUCGUCUCGCAUGUGUUUUCCACAUAAUGGCAAUAACUUAACAGCUGUGAAUCAUUGUUACAUGUGGAUGUGAGAUUGUAGGGAUGUAGUUGAGUGUUCUUGUGUGUGUGUUUUUCAGCCAAGAACCUGUAACACAUAUACUACCUGUCUUGGUGGAUGUUUGGGCAUCACUGAAAUUCGUCUUGCACCCUUGCACUUGUCAAGGUUGCUUUAAAAUGGAUGGAUCCAGAUGUUUUUGUAUCCUUGAGUCUAUUCUUGUCUUGCUGUUCAGUACAAUGAGCUUUCACACUUGCACCCAACCCAAAAUGCCCUAUUUUUUUUCCUUCAAAAGUCACUUUUUGUUUCUCCAUUUUUUUUGUCCCAGUUUGCAGUUGUCAAAUGUUAACCACUCAGACUCGGAAAAACAAAAAUCCUUAAUGCUUAAGGACAGAGUGGGAUCGUUGUUUGUCUUUGAAUAUUUGCAUAUCAUUUUUCUGCUUUUUUAAAAGAUAACAGUUGUUGCUUGUAUUUCUGUCACUUUUGAAUGUGUCUGAGGAACAAAGCACUCCAGUGGAACUUUUCCUGUUAUAUAUAUUACAUUCUAUAUUUCUGUAAAAUUCUUUUUUGAGCCUCAGGGAAAAAGCUAGCAUUUUUUUCAAACUACUUUUGUCACUGUGACAGUUG